GAGGGACUUGCCUUUCAGUGGCACUGCUUUAAAUCGCUUUAGUAACGGUGACAUAUUCGAAACAACAUUUAUCUUUCUCAUUAUCCUUACGAGGAAUGUUUAAGCCCAUGCACGCGGAUGUCUCUGCUGUAGUGUCAGCGGAGAACGCUCUUUUGUCCGGGUCUUAUCGGCGGGAUUACCCACCUCACUCCAGCGCACCGACUCCGAUCAUCAGAACCGCGCGGGGUUCUUUCCCGUAUACCCACCCGCAGAGAAGAUGAACAUCCAGGUUCUGCCAGAGCACAAGCUCUCGUCGGUGGCCCCGCUGAAACAGUGCAAUAUGGAGAAAAAGGAGGUAGAACUGAUCCUGGUGAAGGACCAGAAUGGGGUCCAGUACACCAGCUCCUCCAUCAUACCCACCCCCGGCCACCUCGCGGGUCCCCCCGGAGCCUCCGAGGACGAGCGAGAAACUUGGGGCAAGAAAAUAGACUUUCUCCUGUCGGUCAUUGGCUUCGCGGUGGACCUGGCUAACGUUUGGAGAUUUCCUUACUUGUGCUACAAGAAUGGAGGAGGUGCCUUUUUGAUCCCCUACAUUCUUUUCCUGGUCAUAGCGGGGAUGCCAUUGUUCUAUAUGGAACUUGCUCUGGGCCAGUAUAACAGGGAGGGGGCAGCCACAGUGUGGAAAAUAUGCCCCAUCUUUAAAGGAGUGGGCUACACUGUGAUCCUCAUCGCGCUGUACGUCGGCUUCUACUACAACGUCAUCAUCGCCUGGUCCCUGUACUACCUGUUCUCCUCCAUGACCAGCGAGCUGCCGUGGCUCAGAUGUGACAACAGCUGGAACAGUCCAAACUGCACAGACCCCAAAGCUAUCAACGGAUCCAUCCUUGGCAACGGAACAUCUUACGCCAAGUACAAGAUCACCCCGGCGGCGGAGUACUACGAACGGGGUGUGCUGCAUCUCCAUGAGAGUAGGGGUAUCCAGGACCUUGGCCUGCCUCGCUGGGAGUUGACCUUGUGUCUGGUUGUGGUGGUCUUCAUCCUCUACUUCAGCCUGUGGAAAGGUGUCAAGUCCUCAGGGAAGGUGGUCUACAUUACAGCCACUAUGCCCUACGUGGUCCUUUUCGUGUUGCUGAUCCGAGGCGUAACUCUACCGGGGUCCAUGGACGGCAUCAGGGCCUACCUACACAUCGACUUCAAGCGGCUCAACAAUCUGGAGGUAUGGAUCGAUGCUGCCACCCAGAUCUUCUACUCACUCGGAGCAGGAUUCGGUGUGCUCAUUGCUUUUGCCAGUUAUAACAAAUUUGACAACAACUGCUACAGGGAUGCUCUCUUGACCAGCACUGUGAACUGCGUCACCAGUUUCUUCUCAGGGUUUGCCAUCUUCUCUGUGCUUGGAUACAUGGCUUACAAACAUGGGGUGAAAAUAGAAGAUGUGGCAACAGAGGGGGCAGGAUUGGUGUUCAUCAUCUACCCUGAGGCAAUCUCUACACUCCCUGGCUCAACAUUUUGGGCUAUCGUGUUCUUCAUCAUGUUACUGACGCUGGGCAUCGACAGCUCGAUGGGCGGUAUGGAGGCGGUCAUCACGGGCCUGACGGACGACUUUAAGAUCCUCAAGAGAAACAGGAAACUCUUCACCUUUGCCACAGCCUUUGGAACAUUCCUGGUGGCCCUUCUCUGCAUUACUAAUGGUGGGAUCUACGUGCUGACUUUACUAGAUAAGUAUGCCGCAGGGACCUCCAUACUGUUUGGUGUGUUGAUUGAGGCCAUUGGAGUGUCAUGGUUUUAUGGUGUGGACCGCUUCAGCGAAGAUAUUGAGCGGAUGAUGGGCUUUAAGCCAGGUCUUUAUUGGAGGCUGUGCUGGAAAUUUGUCAGCCCAGCUUUUCUUCUGUUUGUGGUAAUAGCCAGUACUGUGACAGCUUCGGGCCUAAAGUAUGAUGACUACACUUUCCCUUACUGGUCCAAUGUAGUUGGCUGGGGUGUGGCCAUGUCCUCCAUGCUGUUUGUCCCCAUCUAUGCUAUUUAUAAAUUCCUCAGCGUACCAGGAACGUUCAAACAGAGGAUAGCAUAUUGUAUCACUCCAGAACAUGAGCAUCAUUUGGUGGCUGAGGGAAAUAUACGGCAAUUUACACUCAGACAUUGGUUGGCCAUCUGAUGACGAAACCCGAAUUCCCUUGUCCAUUGUCACGUCUAUUGUGCUACCAGUGGACGGACACAUGAGGAGAGCAGCAGUCUCCACUGUCUCGCAGCAGCCCCUCUCCUGUGCAAAUACCACCCAAGGCAAUCGUUGUCAACAGCAACUUUAAGCACUUUGAUUUCGGAGUCGUGCCUGUUCAUAUUUCAACCAUUCCACAACUUCGGCUCAUAAGGGAGGGGCACCCAGUGGGGAAAAUAUACUGUUAUUCGCCCAUGUACAUUAUUAUGGUUUUUAUACACAAUUUUAAUUAUUAUAAUACUAUUUAAUUUUUAUAUUUAGUGAUGUGACUUAUAUCCCCUAGAAGGGAUAUAAACUAAAAUAAAACCAAAACAAUCCCGAAAACUGAAGAGAAGACAAAUAUAUUUCAGUUUUCCUUUUAGGCCUGUUAUUAUUUAUUAUUAUUACAUUAUUAUUAUUGUCACUCUGUCGGUUGAGUGGCUUCUAUGUGUCAGUGCCUUAUCGAGCGAGACACUCUAUGUUUCUUAAAGUCCGUACAGGAAGAAAUAGAAUAAACUGUGUUGACUCAGGAACCCACUAAAUCCAACCACAGUUUGUGGAACGGCUCAGCUCGCCAGCUACCUGGUCCUUUGACAUUCAAGUCAAAGAGCUGCAGGUCGACAGAGCAUCAAGGUCGAGCUCCUUAGUGAAGAGAAAACAGGCCUGAUAUAAUGCUUUUUGUCACAAAUAGUGUUACAGAAAAAGGGAAAAAUGCAUGCAUCACUCCAAAGCUUUAAAAAGAAAAACAGAAGCAGGCUUCAUUCACCUCUUAUGCUUUUUGAAAGGCCAGACUCACAACCAGAGCUUUAUCUCAAAGAAAGGCUGAGGCUGAACCUGGUCAGUGCCUGGCUGCUCACUUAAGAUGCAGGGAAAAAAAUUCAGCUAAACAAAUGGCGUAACUGUUAGUUUUGUAUCGUUGUUGUGUUGCAAACUUUCGUCUGUUCAGUGAUUCUGAGACAGUGAGAGAGAGUGUGUGUGUAUUCAGAUCUUGUUGCCGGCCAUACAGUAUUGCUGUAAGCAUUCAGUACAUGUAGGAAUACCUCUUUCACUGCACUGUUUUUAACUACUAUGUUGAGUGGAUAUACAAUUCUUAUGCUGUGUUCACACUAAACGCAAAGCCAAUUUUUUAUGCGUCACGUGAUGC